AUGCCUAAGUUAGAGUUGUCCGAGAUUUGGAAAGAGUACGGAGGGCCUCAACUUGUUGAUCAAGACUUGUAUUUCAUCUUUGAGCUCAAGAGGUUAACCCCAAAGCACAUGGAUCGUAGGGUUGGCCAAGGCGGUACUUGGAGUGAAAUAGAAUCCUCCAAAUUGGUUGAAUGGAAACCCUAA